CAGUGGGCCGCGCUGGCCGCCAUUGAGGGACCCGGAGAGAGAGAGGGGUCAGACGAACAGCGACAGGCGAGGGUUGUGCGCCGCCGUGAUCUGGGAUCUCCUUCUUCUUGCUGUCAAAACUGAACUUUUGUCAUAGUUGGAGGGUUUUUUUGUUUUUAAAUAUUUCGUGCUUCCUGUCUCCUUCCGUUUUUUGUUCUCCGAUUUUAAAAGGAUUCUUAUUUAAGGGGUGAUAUUUAUAAUAACAUCGCACUGCGAGGAGCCAGCCUUGCUGCGCCGCACACGCGUACGGUCUGAGCCUCGCUCGGGGCAGGCACGGUGCGUGUCGUGCCCACUAGCGUUUGAUGGAUCCGAGAAUCGCCUGGUUUCAGCCAGAACAGCUCGGACCUGCCAACAGCUUGUGGAUGCAGAUCUGGGAGACGACGCAGGGUCUGAGCAACCUGUACUUCAACAACAACUACAGCAGCGGCAGCAGCAGCGGGGGGACGGCCGACGCCAGCUCGGCGAAGAGCGGGGCUCCCAGCGAGGGCAGGAGCCCUGGCAUGUCUAACGCCAGGCCGGAGGGUGAGAUCGGGCAGCAGCGGGACUUUUUACCCUUGGAGACCAACAACAACCGGCCAGCGGGGAGGGGCGGCGGGGCCGGAGGGGGGGGCGGAGGGGGCGCCGGGGGCUGGAGAGGGGGCUCGGACCUGCGCAACAAGAGGAAGCGGGACAACAAGGCGAGCACCUUCGGGUUCAACAGCAGCCUGCUGCUCCCGGGCUCCGGGGGCAACGGGGUGGCAGGAGGAGGCGGCGGCGGCGGCGGCUACACUGGGACGCCGUGGAAGACGAGGAACUACUCCGAAGGGAUUCUGGGGCUCCAUGAAGAGAUCAUUGAUUUUUACGGUUACAUGUCGCCGCGGCCGGAGGAGGAGAGGAUGAGGAUGGAGGUGGUGAAGAGGAUUGAGAGUGUGAUUAAAGACCUCUGGCCCAGUGCGGAUGUUCAGAUAUUUGGCAGCUUCAGUACUGGCCUCUAUUUGCCGACAAGCGAUAUCGAUCUGGUGGUGUUCGGGAAGUGGGACAACCUGCCGCUGUGGACUCUGGAGGAGGCCCUGCGGAAGAAGAACGUGGUGGAUGAGAACUCGGUCAAGGUGCUGGACAAGGCGACGGUGCCCAUCAUCAAACUCACAGACUCGUACACAGAGGUCAAAGUUGACAUCAGCUUCAACGUGGAGAGUGGCGUGAAAGCUGCCGAAUUCAUCAAGGAAUUCAAGAAGAAAUAUCCUGUGCUCCCUUACUUGGUGCUGGUGCUGAAGCAGUUCCUGUUGCAGCGGGACCUCAAUGAAGUGUUCACAGGCGGAAUCGGGUCGUACAGCCUCUUCCUGAUGGCCGUCAGCUUUCUGCAGUUGCAUUCCAGGGAGGAUGCCAGCAGUCCCAACGCCAACAUUGGAGUGCUUUUAAUCGAGUUUUUCGAGCUCUACGGGAGGCAUUUUAACUACCUGAAGACGGGGAUCCGCAUCAAGGACGGCGGCUCCUACGUGGCCAAGGACGAGGUGCAGAAGAACAUGGUGGACGGGUACCGGCCCUCCAUGCUCUACAUCGAAGACCCCUUACAGCCAGGCAACGACGUGGGCCGCAGCUCGUAUGGUGCCAUGCAGGUGAAACAGGCGUUUGACUACGCCUACGUCAUCCUCGGCCACGCGGUGUCGCCCAUCGCCAAGUACUACCCCAACAACGAGACGGAAAGCAUCUUGGGCCGGAUCAUCCGGGUGACGCAGGAGGUGGCGGAUUACAGGGACUGGAUCACCAAAAACUGGGGCUCUCCAUCCCAGAACGAUAACGAUUCCUCCUUGAACCGGAACGAGGUGACGUUAUUUGUGGAGUCGCAGCAGCUGGACAAGUGCAACAACAACAUGUCGGAGGAGGUGGUCUUGUUGACGCCAUCGCGGAGCAAGCACUCCUCUAACUCUUCCUCCGGCCCCCUGUCGUCCCCAUCCUCCUCCUCCUCUCCGUCCUCCCCCUCUUCUACCGCCUCCAGCUCCAGCGACGCUGCAGUGCCAGACCGGCUGGGCCUUGUCUCAUCUCUCCCGCGCUGUCUCCCCCAGGACUCGGACGGCACGCCGUGUAAGAGCGCCAAGCCCCUCGCGGGCCGGACCCCCGGCGCGCACCGAGAGGCGGCGGGGUCGGCGGCCCAGCACUGCGCCCAGAGCCGUUCCUCCGGCAGCCCCGCCGGCGGCGCCAGCAAGGCCAAGAACGCAGCGCGGCCUUUCCGCUUCUCCGCCCCCAAGAGCAGUCAGGGACAGCAGGGCUCCGGGCACCCCAGCGUGUCGGCCGGCGGGAAGGCGCACCAGGGCGGCAAGGCGCACCACCAGUACAACGGCAAGAAGAGGAAGCCGCCGCGCGAGAGCACGCACGAGGACCUCUGCAGAUAGGGGGCGCUGCUGCCCCUCAGACUCUGCCAAACUGUCCCCAUUCUGCUGCAGGACCUUUUCUUUAGAAGACUUUUUUGUUCCUUGUGGGAUAUAUAAAGAAAAAAAAAAAACUUUUUAUAACUUAAAAAAAAAAUGGGGUGAGGGUGAAAGGGAAGACUUCUCGGUCUCUCUUGCUGCUUUUAUAUUUGUCCUGGGUUUGCACAGAAACGAAUGAAGGAAUUCUUUCCAAGCGCGCUGUCCUCGUGUGGGCGUGCGCCCUACCCCCCCUGCCUGCCGCCACCGCAGCAGCAGCAGCAGAUCGCCCUGGGAUCGGACGACCAGGAGAGGAGAGACGGGGAACCGGCGCGCGCGCUCAACCAAAUCACACAGAGCCCCUGCUGAACCGAGCGGGGACGAGACUCCUAGGUUGGAAGUUGAGGACACUGGAAAAUAAAAACCGACAAAAUUACAGAGAAAUUCAGAGAGGGGAAAAAAAAUCGACAAAACUACAAAACCACAAAAAAUAUAUAGUCGAAGAAAAGUCAAUAAAAAAUAGAAAAAAAAAACAGAUCCUUCAGAAUGGUCCUGCAAGUUAUGCAUGAAGAUUAAGGGAUUCUUUUGUCAUUGAGGGACUGAGAGGGGAUUUAGGGUUUUAACAUGUACAGACUAUUUGACAUUUGUACAAAAAAAAAGCCAAAAAAAGAAAAUCAACUAAAAAAAAAAAAUUUAGUAUUACUUUUUACACUGUAUACUAAUUUGUGAUUUAAAGGUGUAUGUUUUGACUGAGAGGUGAAGAAGAGCCAAACCCCAGUUCUCUUGCCAAUACUGAUCAUCAGCACAAGUCUACCUGUAGGAGCUCACCUGUAUCUGUACUUGACAUCUCUAGACAAGGGCACCCGUACCGAUACGAGAGCUUUUAAUCCUGCGACGUCGGCCACCUCCUGGUGUUGCAAAAAGAAAAUCAAGACAAGCAACUUCACAUUCUCUUUUUGUUCUUCGGGGUUAUCAAACCUUUGUUUUACUGCCUGUGUUUUGUUGAGAUAAAGGAAAGCUGGCUUCCUACGUAGCUCUGUACUCUGAAACAGGCAGCCUGGGGGGUGUAAUCGGCUGGGUAACUAGGCGAUAACACUACCUCACUGUCUCAAACAGAAUUUUAGCAAACUUAAUACUGUUUUCAGUAAUUCAAUACUUGAUGUUCUAUUUCCUUCCCUAAACAUUCACAAAUUGUGUUGAUUGUAUGAGUGACCAAGUGACUUCAGGAUGUUGAGUGACCACUUGCAAGACUAGGGAUAUUUUUGCAUUCUCCCAGGUGUGGCAGGUAUACUGCGUUUACUCUGAGAGCCAGUUGUGUUAACGUUGAAUAGUAAAUAAUGGAGGAGGCACAAGCAUUUGCCUGAGUUAGGGGUUUCUGCUGCACUUCCUUCACUGCCCACAGGUGGCACUACAACACAACAGAUCAACUCUUUUGAAGUGCUUUUUUUUUUAAACCGGUGCCAUGUAGAAUUCUCAGUCAUUAUCGCUACAAGGAGUAUUUUAAUCAGACUUAAACUGGCCUGCCUAGUCACUACAAACGUUGAAACAUGCAAUAAAAAUUAUUUAUACAACUA